AUGAUCUACGCCGCCGCCGCCGUGUCCGACUUCUACGUUCACUUCAAGGACAUCCGCGAGCACAAAAUCCAGAGUCAAGAGGGGGAUAUACACCUUCGCCUGCACUCUGUUCCUAAGGUCAUAUACAUGGUCAAGCACAUCUGGUGUCCAUCGGCGUUCUUGGUCACGUUUAAGCUCGAGACGGACCCUGAGCUGCUUGAGACCAAGGCGCUUACCCACCUAGGUGAUCGGUACCACUCUCAGGCCGUGGUGGCUAACCGCCUGGAAGAACGUGCGCGCAGAGUUUCCCUUUUCCUAAAUAUGCCAAGCAUAGACAGUCAGCCCCGCGUGGUAAAGCGGAUUUUUCAAGUGCCAUCAGAGAAUUCGGACGGGUUGAACGAGCAGAACUUGGAAACAGAGCUGAUAGCGUGUCUCUGCGAAUUCCAUAAUAAAUUUAUCUCGAACGCCCAGUCUCUCUCGUAA